UGCAGUGGAGAUGCAUUCAACUACACUAAAAUGCUGCUACAACCCAGCCAUUUAAAUGAUCCCCCUCCUCUUCCAUAAACUUUGCUCUGUAAAUAAAGGGUCACAAAUGAAUGAAUGCCUCAGAUGAGCAUUUCAAGAAAGCUGUGCUUUGUGAAAUUCCUCCUCCUUUCUAAAUAGACAAGCUUUCUCUCAUGAUCCAAUCAGCUUCUGCAUUCAUUCAUUCAUUCAUUGUUAACAUGCUUUGAAGUUUAAGACACUGGCUGGGAUUCAGAAGAACCUGCUCACAGUCAUGUAAAGUGCUACUACAGAUUGGCAAAUGCAUUAAAACCUGAUAGUGAAACAGUAAAAUGACACAGAACCAUCAAACACAGAAUCAGGAUGGCAUUUGGACAGUAAUGCUUAAGGAUGGUUAUGGGAAUUGCAAUAAUUUGAAUUCUGAUCCAAAUGCUUUCCAUUUGUCUGAUAGUUUGAUUCCACAACAGCGUCAAAGGUCUCCUUUUGAUGAGUUUGAAUGCCCUCACUUCAGCAGGAAACUUGAGCUCUUCCCAAAAUGGCAUUUACCUCUAAGAAUUGCCCUUAUAUUGAACAUUCUGACCUUUAUAUAUACUUUCAUAAGGGAUGUGAUUUACCCCUUUCUGGCUGCUAAUAAGAAUGAAUUCUACAGAAUUCCAGUUCUGCUAAUGAACAAAGCACUACCAGUUUGUGCACUCACACUUUUGGCACUUGUGUAUUUGCCAGGAAUUUUUGCUGCAAGUUUCCAGCUGCAUCGAGGCACCAAAUACAUGAAUUUCCCAAAGUGGCUGAAUAGAUGGAUGCUAAUGAGGAAGCAGUUAGGACUCCUCAGCUUCUUCACUGCUGCACUUCAUGCACUCUACAGUCUGUGCUAUCCUAUGAGAAGGUCCUACAGAUAUAAACUGCUGAACUGGGCAUAUCAACAGGUUAAACAGAACAAAGACAAUGCCUGGAUUAAAGAUGAUGUCUGGCGAAUGGAAAUUUAUGUGUCUCUUGGAAUUGUGGGACUGGCGAUAUUAGCUUUACUUGCAGUGGCAUCUGUUCCAUCUGUUAGCUAUUCACUGAACUGGACAGAGUUCCAGUUUAUUCAGAGCAAGAUGGGCCUCACUGCUCUCCUACUCUGCACUGCUCAUGCACUUGUCUAUGCCUGGAAUAAGUGGGCGGAGCCCAAACUGUUUGUGUGGUAUACACCACCUUCAUUUGUCUUAGCUGUUCUUCUACCUGCAUUCGUCCUGCUUGGCAAAGUUGUUUUACUUCUGCCAUGCAUUAGCAGAAAACUUCAAAGGAUUCGAAGAGGAUGGGAAGAAAAAGUUACUUUAGAAACAAUGAACUCUGAAGCAGCAAAUCUGUAACAUAUUCUUUAAAUGAAAAGUUUUUUUUCUUUAUAUUAUUGCAAGAAAUAUUACAAUUUAAAAAUUUCAUGAUUGCAUUUGGUUUGCUGUUUUAUGGUAUGGCUUCAUAAAUGAAAUGAUUUGUAUUUUCUGCCAGAAUAUCUAACUGAUACUUCAGAUAAAGCAACAAACGGCAGUGCUUUACUUAAGUAGCACAUAAUAUUAAAAAGUGCCCAAACUGUU